GACCGGGGCCCAGGUCGAUCCCAUAUGAUUUCGUCGUCUUGCUCGCGGAACAGAUAGAAAGUGGCACCGGUGCUCACAGUCCUCGGGACAGACGACGACGAUGUUCGAAGGGGCUAUAGCGGCAUUUUUGAACCGUCUGCUGGGCAGGUACGUGGAGGACCUCGACACCGAGCAAUUCAAUGUCGGUAUUUUCUCCGGGGAUACGUGCCUCACCGAUCUAAAACUCAAGCCGGAGGCUUUGUAUCAAUUAGGAUUACCUAUUAGAGUAGAGAUCGGUUUGAUAGGAAAAAUUAUUUUGAAAAUACCAUGGUCUGGGCUCUUCUCGCAACCUAUUGUGAUAUGCAUAGAGGAUGUAUAUGUAGUAGCAGUACCUGCAUUAUCUGGUCCAUACGACCCAGAAAUACAAAAACGUUUAAUGAGAGCUGAAAAAAAGAAAAUACUUGAUGAUCUUAAGGAAGAUGAAAUAUUUAGAGCAGGUCUACCUCCUCAACUAUUUGAUGGUCUACUAGCAUCAGUCACGAAGAACUUUCAAAUUACUAUAAAUAAUGUACAUAUUAGAUAUGAAGAGAAAAUAUUGCGCAAUUUCCUCUGUGCCUGUGGUAUAUGUAUACAAAGUAUAUCCAUAACGACUACCAACAACAAAUGGAAGCCUGGGGUAUGUGCCACAAACUCGCAAACGGUGUAUCAGCUUAUACGUGCGGAAUCGCUCAGUGUGUACAUGGAUCAUGAUACUGAAUCCUGUAUAAAUAUGCAGGGUAAUUGGGACAUGUCCAAUCUGCUCGCGUGGAAAAUUACGAUGCAGAAAGCUUUACAGACGUUCGGGAUGAAGAACAAAGAAUUUCAAUUUUUAUUGAAGCCCUUCACGGCCAAGAUAAAAGUUAUCAUACACAAGGGUACAGAAACGCAAGCUUCACGUAUGUUAGUUGAUAUUGUGCUCCAAGAUGUAGCAAUGCAAUUAUCUGAAGCGCAAUACGCUACGUUUUGUCAUAUUUAUGAUUCUUUGCUUCGUACGACUAUUAACAGGCCACAUGCUAAAUAUCGUCCUGAGAAAAGCGUAUAUGAGGAACCAUCAUCUUGGUGGAAAUACGCAUAUAAUUUUGUUUUGAAUCAUUAUAUUAAGCCAUAUACUUGGCCACAUAUAGCCCAACACAGAAAAAAUUAUAGAAAUUACAAAGAGGCGUGUAUUCAAUAUUUGCAACGACCAAACGAUACAGAAUUAAAACUGGAUAUGCAAAAACAUGAAGACAGCCUGACGAUAUUAAAUAUAGUGAUUGCUAGGGAACAUGCUAGACAGGAAUUGAGAAACAAAGAUAUUGAGCGAGAGUGCCAAAUUACAACUAGUCCAUCAAAAGAUGUUAAUGCAGAAGUUAUAUUACCGAAUAACGAUCAAGCACAAAAUAUAACAGAUCAAUACAACAAAGGUGAACAUCAAAAUUCAUUACCAGAUGUAAUAGAAAAUUCACCUGUUUUCAAAAUAAAAUCGGGAAAGGUAUUGAAACAAAUUGAUUAUAAAUUAAAUUUUACUUUGGCAAAUUGUUGCCUAAGUCUCCUAAGUAAAGGUAAAGAAAUGUUAAUCGUAACUGUCACACAAUUUCUCACAAGUAUCGAGGCACGGCCUACUUUAUUAGCUUUCAAGAUAUCUGUUCGUGCUGAAAGUUUUGUAAUUGAAGCAAUAUCAACUGAUGGCGAUUUGGUUCCUCUGAUUACAGUGGAUAAUAUAUUAACAGGGAAUGUAUCUACAUAUUUUUUGGCGAUAGAUUUUGAGAAAAAUGGAUUGAAUAAGGAUCCUAUUUUUGAAGUAUCUAUAAAACUGGAAACUAUCGAAGUAACUUAUCAUCACUUUGCUAUAGUGGAAAUUAUAAAUUUCUUCAAAUUUAAUACCAAUUAUAUUCACGAUACGAUUCGUGGAGUAUAUAGACUAUGGGAUUGCGUUAAAAGAAAAUAUUUGAACUUUGUGGACGAUAUCGUCUCGCAGACAUUGAGAAUCAGCUUUAAAAUAGACAUCAAAAGUCCUUAUAUCAUAUUUCCCGAACACGGAUCAGUUCAAAAAGGUGGGCAUAUACUUGUUCUGGAUGUCGGUAACAUAACGUUGAUCAACGAGCUCCAAGCAACGAAUUUGCAGUUGGAAGAUGCUACUCUCAUGGAACUGGAAGAAUUACUUUAUGACAGACUUAAUAUGGUGUUUUCCGGCGCGCAAAUUUUAUUUUGUCAUUCAGGCGACGAUUGGCGCUCGGCAAGGAAACGGAGUGAUUCGGAGUAUCAUUUGUUGCCUAAGCUGCAAGCAAAUGUGACUCUUUCAUACAGUAUCAGACCUGAAUAUCGUCAAUUACCACGGACAAAACUCAAUGUACACAUCUCAAAUGUGAAAUUGAAUCUGUCAGAAAGUAAAAUGCGACUGCUGGUAUAUUACCUGAAUAAAUUGCUAGUCCUAUACGAAAAUAACAUUGAAAAAUAUAAAGCUACUUUAAAAAAUUCAAUUUCCGGACGAAAAUCGAGUAUUAUCUUUAUUUCAACGAAAGAAUUAUUGAAAGUACAAUCUAGUGUAUGUUUGCCAUCCGUCGCAAUGAUGCAUAGUGAUUUUAAACCAGUCAUUAAGGAAGUUGCUACUAACAAUGUACCAAAGCUUGACAGGAGUGUCGUCUCUUCAGAGUUCUCCGUAAAUCUGGAAGAUAUGGCGGAUAAUCGAGAACAGCCUUACUUAAAUUUGAGAUUGCACACCUUGUACUAUGAAACAGCUAUAAUGGAAUACGGUGUUGCCAUUCAGUUUGGCAUUGGAUCGAUUUUUCUGGUUGAUAAGACAAACGCUGGCAUUACCGGAUCAUAUCUAGAACUGAUAUCUACCGAUGAGUCGUACGAAGUCCUCGUUGUGUCGUAUCGUAAGGUUAAAUCGAAUUGCCCUGAUUUCAAAUCUCAUUUCAAAAAUAUCGAACGCUCGUUGGUUGUGAACCUGCUAAAUAUCAACAUAAACUUUCAUAGAUCUGCGUUGUUGAAAAUGAAAAAUUACUGGCAUAAAUUUCAAACUGUGUGUCAUGAUACUCUUUUAUUCAAAUACGCUGACAAAAUAUGCGAUAAUAUUGUAAAACGAGAAGAGAAAGACAUUGAUCCACCCAUUCCACCAGGCGCAAUUAAAUUGAACUAUUCAACCAGACUCAGUUCAUUAGUGGUACGUUUCUGCGAUAAAGACAUAGAUUUAAUGGAAAUUAAGAUUUUGGGUUUAGAAAAUGAUUGCAUUUACAAUGCGAAUGAGAGAAUGGUGUUGCGCGCACAUCUCAGGAGCAUACUCGCUGAAGAUUUAAUUGAUGAUACGCUUUACUCUAAAAUUUUGACGACUGAUGAAGAUAAAGUUUUUGAUCUGAAAUAUGUGAGACAUGUACCAAGAUUAUAUAAAUGCUCUGAUAUCGAUACAAAUCAGGAUGACGUUAUGUCGGAUGGCACUUUUAAGCUUUCUAUUGGACGAAUAAAUUGCGUGAUUAUUUCUAAAAUUCUAUAUGAUUUACGGAAUUUCAUAAUACCGUUUACUUCUACAUAUUAUACACGUUUCUUGUAUUACUUGAAAAAUAAAUUCGUUGGAGGGAUUGAACUAUUUAAAAGGAGCGCGACAAAACUGCAUAUUUUUAUUGAUAUACAAGGGCCUACUUUUUUACUGCCACAGAAGAAGGAUGCCCCGAGUCUUUUGGUUUUUGAUACAGGCGUAUUAUCAGUUGAAAAUUUUUUUAAGAAUAGUGAACAAUCGAUACAAUCAACCAAAGCGACUACUAACGAUAGCAAUCAAUUAAUAAUCGAUAAUAUUUUAGUUAAAUUGAAAUCUAUGACUGUGUCUAGAGCAAUUAUGACUUUGACUCGAGAUUUAGAAGUCCAGGAACCCAUUAUCGAACCUAUACAAAUUCAAUUUGACAUUAAGAGAAAAACGGAGUAUCGCAGCAUUAUUGAAUUUCAAACUUAUGGUUUAUUCAACGUGCAAGGAGCUAUUGAUAUCGUAAAUAUAAAUUUAAGUCAGAAGGACCUCAAAUCCCUUAUAUCGGUGUGGCAAGAUAAUAUUUCUAAGAUACCGUUGCUUAAGAAUGUCGAUGAGAAUGAAGAUAGGAUUUUAACGCAAUAUUGCCAAAAGAAUGACAACCACGAUGAUGUUAUGGUAAAGAAACUGGAAAAUUUCUUAACACACAAUGAAACAGCAUUAUGCGAAGUUAACAUAAAACUUGCGUUAGAGGGUUUACAAUUAAAUUUAUUUAUGGAUACAGAAGAGGUGUUGAGUUCUCCUGUGCGCGAUUUAAAUCACGGUUUAUGCAAGCUGAGCUUUGGAGAAACUAUAAAUACAUGGGACUUUUAUAGCGAUAAAAGUUUGAAAAUGAAAUUGUCUUUGCAAAGUUGCUUGUUGCAGGAUACUCGUAAGGACUCCGUCGUCGAAAAAAGGAUAAUACAAUCACCAGCAAUAUCCUUAGAAAAGAAUUUAGAAUCCUGUAUUUCUGUAUCAAUGUCUCCUAUAGUUGAUGUAACAUACAGUCGUACUCAAGCAGAAGAAAAGUGUUUCGAUGUUCUUAUUCAAGACAUACGAAUUAAUUUGUCUGUGCCUUUCUUAAUGCACUUGGGACGUUACUUUCUAGAUUCCUUACCCGGUGAACAGAUAGAGAAAGGAAUUAUCAAUCAUGGAUAUGAUAAUAACAACCAGAUGAACCGGAAUACUUUAAACGCAGAAAUUGACAAAUUAAGUCGCUCCCAAUAUUUUAGGGAACAGCCAGGUACGUCAAUAUCUAUUAGAAUACAAAAGCCAGACAUCUUUCUAUUUGGUGACUUAGAGAAGAGCAGCACUCAUGUAAUACGAAUGCAAGCGGAAGUGUUUAUCGAAAGUAGCAGACACAGCCGGUCGUCCUCGAUAGUUUGUACGUUGACCAACGUCAAUGCCAAGACUAAAGGACAGGGAAAUUAUGAGUCCCCGUGUUGGUUGUUACGUCCCUGUGAUAUAGAAAUCUGUAAAAAGAAGUUAUCUUGCGGUAAUGAAGAUAUUACCGUUGCUAUAAAUAGUAUUAAUAUACAUCUAUCUGCGGAAGUGAUGCAUACUUUUAUUGACAUAUUGAAUGAAGCAUCAACUUUUCUAAACAGUAUUAAUUCGAAAACAGAGGAUGACAGUAAUCAGAAUACAAACUUGCAUAAUCUUUGGACACCAAGAAAAGUUUCUAGUAUACCGUAUAAAAAAACGGACGAAGGUGACAAGGAAUUGUAUCGUCGCCGCAAAGAUCAAGUAACAUUCAAUUUGAGACCCGUGAUAAUAUCUUUAUUGCUGGAAAUGGAGUACGUCGUAGGAAGAUUUCCAGUAAUGAAAAUGGAAACUGUCAUCACCACUACCAUUAACGAUUGGCGCAAUAAUUUUCAUCUUGAAUCCAAUGUAAAACUUCAUGCAUUCUGUUACAAUAGAGCUCGUCAGAAUUGGGAGCCUUUCAUUGAAUUUUGUACGAAAGACGAUAUAGACUAUAAACCAUGGGAAUUCACUAUCAAGAUAUAUCGAGGCGAGGCGAAUAUGAUUAAUUCUGAUUGGACGGAUCCUUGCCAUCACAUAAAGCAAAAUCCAAUAAAAGCGAGAAAAAAAGAUAUGCAAUAUAAUGGGGAAGAUAUGACAGACAUGACGUUUAUUGGACCUGAUAUUGAUAUGAUUUCAGUUGCAAGAAAAGAGCCUGAAACUUAUGUUACAUAUGAGGAUGAAUCUGACACGGAUGAUGAUGAGAACGACACAAAAUUAACAAGAAUUUCAAAUUAUUUAUUUAAUAAUAUUAGUGAUGGCGAAGAAAGCGAUUCUGACGAUUCAAGUACAAACGAGGAUGAGGAAUUUGAAUUAAUACUGGAUUGCAAUCCUGAAUGUUGCAAUUCUGUCGCUCAUGUACCGACAAAAACGAAUCUUACUGCACCAUAUAUCAUCGUAUAUUCAGAGAAUAAAGUUAACAUUACUAUAACGCAAGACAUGAUUGCAACAUGGAAUGCGAUCUCAAACGCGUUCACACAAGCUAGGGGUGGAAUUCCGUUUGUACCUACUAAUACGCGGGAAUUAACUGUAUUAAACGACAUAGGUCACGCAAGUCGAGUUGAGCUGCUUGUUCAAGAGCAAGUAGACGGGAACAACGACAUGCGUGUCGUAGCCGCUUACAGUUUUCAUGACGGCAGCUCGCCAGUCAGCGUGCCCAGCAGUCCUGAGAACGAACAGACGGAUCUCACGAGCCCCCAGUGGGCCAAUAAAGAAACCGUUGCGAUUGUGUCGGAGUGUAAAGCUUUCCCCAUCGACUCACCAGUGCAAAUCUACAAAUCGAUAACCGAUGAACUCCUUCGUAUCAUCUUCGAAGGAUUCGAAGACGUGUUGGUGUAUUGCCCGAAAAAAGAAACGCGUAAUCUCGUAGCACUUCGUCCUGUGAGACACGAAGUUCGUUAUUACCUGGUGAUAGAGGCAUCCAUAAAUAAUUAUUUGCACCGUAUGAUUUGCGUGCGAUCUCCGUUACAGUUUCGAAACGAAACCUCAUACGCCUUGGGACUUUAUUAUAAGAAAGCGGUGAUGGACAAAUUAGGUCUGACGCUAACCGGUGAAACUACGAAUCCUUUCGAUGAUAAUGUGAGAAUGGCGAUCAUAGAACCUGAUGCAACAUAUAAUAUUCCUUUAUACAUCGCUUAUCAUUGCCCGAUACAUAUUCUUCCUGCAUAUCUAGAGAAAUAUCAAGUCAGUGACGAAGGAAUUUAUUGGAAAGAUUUGAGGGGUACAGCAAAUGCAUUUAAAGACGUAUGCUGCGAAGCGAAAGGCGACAAUAAUCGUAAUGUAUUCUGUGUCAGGGCGAUAUGCAUGGAACUCCCGUUAACGUCUCGUCCUUCAGGUUGUCAAGUGCCGAAUUACUUAAUAAAUAUCGUACCACCUGUUAUUUUCAAUAAUCAGCUACCUUUUGUUAUCGAUGUCAGUAUACCUGGUAUCAAUUAUGAAGUGAAAAUCGAACCUGGGGAGAAAAUAAAUAUGCAUUCUCUAAAUUAUGGCAAUAACGUACAGUUUGUUUUCAAGAUACACAACUACUUAGGCAUGUCUUGGAUGGGUGCGGUAAAACUAAAUAUGAAUCUAGAGCACAAGUUCGUGUUAAUGUCUACAGAUAGCGAGUCAGACUUAAUGAAGCCUUUUUUGUUAUGCUUAGAAUUGUGCAAAAUUCUCAGUUGGAACAUUGUUAUACAAUCACAAUAUUGGAUAAUAAAUAAAUCUGGUUUACCGUUGUUUAUCCAGGACUGUCAUUCUCAUAUAACAUAUGAGAUGCCGGAGGAGGAGUUAAUGAUAUUCUCUCAAAAGAACAACAAAAAGAGUAUGGUACGAUUAAGAGCACAUCAGUCCGAAUGGUCAAUGCCAUUUGGACUGGACGGGAUUACGUCAAUGUCGUUGAUCAUAUGUCGCGAUAUCGAACGCGGACGAAAGUAUCAGAUUUUAACAGAAAUAGAGAACUCCCGUUUGUCGCCGAUUUUCACAAAGAUCAUAACGUUUCUACCAUACUUCUUUAUUUGCAACAAAACCAAGAGAGCUUUGAGGUUCAUGGAAGAGAAUGAAGAAGCUGAUCUUUGGAACGACCUCUUGUCCGGACAAGAGAUGUCGUUCUGGCCCGCCACUGAAUCUAUGAAGAUGAAAAUAAAGUGGAGAAAUAGCCAAUUGGUUUCGCAACACUUUGAUAUUAUGCAUAUGGGCAAAACUGUGCUGAGAAUGGAUAACGGGUCGGCACUGUGCGUGGAGAUCGAAGGCGGCGUCAGUACUCCAUAUCGCAUAAUAUUCCGACGAUACAUUACCGGCGAUGUACCAGUGAGAGUGGAUAAUCUCUGCGACAAGCUAUUUCUGAAGCUGAAUCAAAUUAAUUUAGGCCAAGUCGCAUUGCUCAAACCAUUCCAAAGUUUGUUAUAUACAUGGGACGAUCCUACUCAAACUAGAGAAUUGAUCUGGAAUGUUUACAGUAAUAAUACAGUUGGUUAUAGAGCACAAUUCGAGACGGAUGGUUGUGGGCAGGAAAAAGUAUCUUUCAUAACCAUUGAACGACGCCACAGUGCGUCUUAUUCUUCCAUUACUCACAAGUCACUAGCGAAUACGAAGUCAUGGUCGGAAGAUACAAGCGGAAGUAUCAGUCAUGUUCCUAGUGCGGAGCCCGAAACGAAGUCGCAAAUGUCGGAGCAUAUGCACCAAGGUGAAGCAAUGGUUUAUUGGGUGAGCUAUAUGGAAGGUGAACAGCGCGUGCUGCUGUUUACACAGCACGAGAGCGUGUACCUGAAAGCGAGGAGUAUUAUCGAUCCUGAGGCGAGCAAAAGAGAAAUAUUCUUAUCAAUUGCAGCUAUCGGAAUAAGUAUUGUUGUACAUGAAUCCAAUUCUCAUAGCACUAGGCGAGAAUUACUGUACGCCAGUGUGAUCGACUCAGCCGCGCAUUGGGAACUUUAUUUCAGCAAACGAUGGAGGAAUCUGUCGCUGGAGCUGAGCGCCUGGUUAGAAAAUAAAUACACGAAUUCCGUGAAGACGGCACAGCUUGAGAAUUUUAUUGACGUUGACUUUACAAAAAUGCAAAUGACCAAACCAUUCUUUGGCAAGCUACGAAGAACGUAUUCGCCAGGUAUCUGGUUACAUUGUAGGGAAUCUACGACGCUUUGUUACUUCCAAGGAUACGUUCAUAGAUUACAGAUCGAUAAUCAACUGAACGAAGCUACUUUUCCGGUAGUUCUACAUCCCAACUUGGAAAAGAAUUUUGUGAAUUACGCUGGAAGCCGCAGAUUAAAGCAUUGCUUAGAAUUCUCGUACCUGAAACAACGCAAAUUAAGGAAUAUUAUUUACAAAGGAAUAUGUGUCAUUGUCAGGGAAUUCAAUUUAAAUUUAGAAGAGGCCUUUCUCUGUUCCUUGAUCAAUUUAGUACCUAAGACACCGGAAACUAAACAUUCAAUUGCUGCGAAACUGAGGAGAGAUGUGUCCAAUAUGCGCGUUCCUUCGACUCGCAAUAUUAGUAAUAACACAAACAGCAAAAGAAAAUAUUUAAUAGAGCAGAUAUACAUCUCCCCGAUAGCAUUGAGCUUGAGAUUAUUGGCUAACACAGAUGGAUCUAACACGCGCAAUUUCAGCAACGUGCUUGGUUAUCACAAUGUUCUUCGAUUUAUUUUCGAGUAUGCGGAGAAGGGUACAUUUGAAAGAGACGUUGAAUUCAGAUUACCUGAUUAUCGAAAGAGUUUCAUGGCCGUAGAUAAACGAUUCAUCUCGCAUCUUUCACGUGUCUACAUGGCGCAGAUUAUGGAGCAGUUUCACGUGUUGGUGCGCUUAACUACUGUCCUGGGAAAUCAGUAUGGUUACAAUUUUAAGUCGCCAGGGAGCAAUUUUUGCGAGCCGGAUUUGCUAUUGAUGUGUGGAGACGAGUCUGCGGAGAAGCUGGCACAUGAAGUCGCAUGUGAGCUGGGACAUGCUACGCCCGACGGUAUACAAGCCUCAUUUUUAAGUGGUCAUGAUGCUCACACGCUUCAUUAUAAGAUGAAAGAUACGAAUUAUCGAAAUCCAGAUGUUCCGCCUUUGGCAUUUUUAGUUGAUCAUUCAUUCGCUAUAGAAAUCGAUUUGGAGACUUCUGGCUUGAUCACUACGUCGACGAAUAGCAUUCAUCGAGAAGAAUUAAGAUAUUUCUUCAAAACAUUGGGAAAGAAAACAUCUGUACUCUUCAAGGCGGAAAGUUCUUGUUUGAAAACUUAUUCGAAAGUAAUAGCGGAUAUAAUAAAAAGGGCGCAAGAAAUGGGCCUCGUAUCCAGAAUGCGAUUGCCACGAUAUAUCAAUCCACAUUUUGGUGUGGAGUCAUUUUCGACGCAUAAAGCGAAAGGAGUGUACUUAUUAAACGCUAUAAGUAAAGGUCACUGCGUUCAGAACGAUUCUUAUUGGGGACACGCUACGCUUCACAGCGAUGGAAAAUACAUUACGCUCGUAUCUUUGCAACGAAUAUACUAUAUCGAGAAAGGAAAUACAUGGGGAUCAUGGAAUGUAAAAUGGACUUUGGAAACUAAUCAAUUGCUGUCACCACCAACCAUCGCUAAGAAUAAACUUGUUUUGCAUAUAGAGAACGAGAAAGAGACGUCAUCGUCUAUGGUAGAUUGGUAUGUGGAAAGCGAGGCUGUGGACAUCCUGGACUGGUUGUGUCGCAAAAUGAACAACGCAAUGAUACUGAACAUGGAAAACAGCAUUUGUUCCAAAUGAGAAUUUUUGGAGUUGGUUAAUGAGACCACCGCAAGAAGGAAACAAAGAACAAAGAGGAUGAAGAGAUCAGUGUAUUUACAUAUUUAGUUCGGCGUAAUAAAAGUCUAUACGGUGAAUGCAAAAAAAAAGAAAACGCUAUAUAUAUAUAUCUCUCUCUA